AAAUCUGUCAAAUGUCAAAACGUCAGAAGGAAUAUUGAUUAGUUGCUUUUAUUCUUUACAAUUCUUUAUAAUAAACCAAAACCUCCACCUGAUAACACAAGAACAAAAUCAAUAUAUAAGUAAAACAUGUUAAAUCAACUAAGAAACUAUUUUUUAUUGAUAAAUAUUUUAAUUAUUGGACUUAAAGCAGAAUUUUAUGAGGACUAUGAACCUACAGAUGUUGAUGAACCAGAGGAUAUAUUACAUUUAUUGAAAAAUUAUAUAAAUAGAAAUCGAGAAUACAGGGAAUUAGGAGGCGAUGACGAGUGGCGAGGUCGUUGGUUUCCUGGCAGAUUUUCCGAUCCAACGCCUCCUCCAAAGAUUCUUUCUAAGUUUCAGCCUCACGGUCACUUGGAUAUAAAUUCACCAGAGCUUGAAAGACACAAGCAACCCGGAAAAGAUGAGGAUUGGCUAGGACGCUGGUUUCCCAGUAGACUUUCAGAUCCAACACCUCCUCCGAAGAUUCCUCCUAUAUUCCAACCUCACGAUCACUUGGAAGUAAAUCCACCAGAGCUUGAGAGAGACAAGCAACCAGAAAAAGAUGAUGAAUGGCUAGGUCGUUGGUUUCCUAGUAGACCUUCAGAUCCAACGCCUCCUCCAAAGAUUCCUCCAGUAUUUGAACCGAAAAAUGCUUUACCACAUCCACAUCCAUCGGGCAUGAUUCCCAUGGGUGAAAAAUCUCCCUUGUGUGAUGAUGGAAAGACAAAUUUAACAGUUGACUGGGAUGAAUCUCCAGCUGAUUACACCUGUUACGAUCGAAGGAUCAAACCUACUUAUAACAUAGAUCCUAAAUUUUAUUGCGAAAAAAUUCCAGACAACUAUGUGGCAAUUCAUAAAUGCAUGACGGAUGUUAUCGAGUAUGAUGAAGAUCUUCCUUUGUAUGGCACACACAGACCAAUUUGGCCGGUUUAUGGUGAAUAUAAAUUCCUACCAAGGCAGAGGUGGCUUCACAGUUUGGAGCACGGAGCUGUUGUGAUGCUCUACCAUCCCUGUGCGAAUCAUUUAGAAGUAGAAAUCUUGAGAAAAUUAGUCACUGGCUGCAUUAGGCGACACAUAAUAUCUCCUUCGAAUUUUGUCUCUACUGACAGGCCGCUAGUUUUGUUGACCUGGGGCUGUCAUCUGAGUAUGUCUUACGUUGAUGUCGAGGAUGUGCAGGAGUUUAUUUCGAAAUUCGCCCUUAAAGGACCAGAACAAAUCGAGAAUGAUGGUGAUUUCGAUAAGGAACUCUUGCAUAAAGCAGAAAUUGUCUCCGAUAUCAAAGACUCCAAUCUAUGUCCCACGUAAUUUGAAGGUUUGAAAAAAAACAACAAUAUUUUUUCUCGAAGUCAAUUUUUUAAUUAUUACGUGUCGAAUUUAAAAAAAAACACCAAAAAAAGAGAAUUAUUGUUUUCGGAAAAAAAAUGUAAAAUUAAUUAGUUUAAUUAUUAUUACUAUUUAUUCGUUAUCCUUCAUUUCAUUUGACGGAUUUUAAAAAUGUUCAUUGAUAGUUAAAUUUUAUUUAUUUAAUAACUGACUGAUUUUGCAAAUAUGUACAAAAACUUUAGAUUCAGUUCUUAAAUUUAAUUCUAUUUAUUUGACACUUUUUACUAAUUUUUUUCUUCUCACAGAAAAUGUGAAACUUGAAACCUUCUUUUUUUUCCUUCAAGAACUGAAUUAUUAAAAGCGCGACAAGAAAUUAGUUUCUUUGAUUAAUUAUUGUGUAAAAUCAAAAUAGCAUUUCUUGAAAAUGUUUUGAUUCUUUUUACGUUUGUGUUUUGUAUAGUUUAUAGUUUAUAAUGCUGUGAUCAUUAUUGUAUUUAUUAAUUUUAUUUUACUUUCGUUGAAUUGUAAAAGUUUGACUUCUAAAAGAUAUGUAAGUCUUGAACCAAUAAAUGUCU